GAUUUACAACAAGGAGGUAGAGCAGGGGUUUCUGAUCUAGAGGACCCGGGUUCGAUCCCAACUUGGUGCGCUACUGCCCGUUGGUGAGACAUUCAUCCUCAUUACAAGGUUCUUCGGAAAGGACCUUAAGCCGUCCGUCCUCUUGUUGCUUACAACUUAUACUUUCUCAGCAUUCAGGUUAAAGAGACGAUGGGACAAAGGACAUCAGCUCAUCAACAGGAAGAAAUGUCUGGUUCAUCCCAGUUGGAAGAGGUAAUGAAAUCCCUCGAGCAAUUGACGGAAACGGCCGGUCCAUCAAAGGUUAAAGAGACGAUGAGACAAAGGACAUCACUGCAUCAACAGAAAGAAAUGUCUGGUUCAUCCCAGUUGGAAGAGGUAAUGAAAUCCCUCGAGCAAUUGACGGAAAUGACCGGUCCAUCAAAGGUUAAAGAGACGAUGAGACAAAGGACAUCACUGCAUCAACAGAAAGAAAUGUCUGGUUCAUCCCAGUUGGAAGAGGUAAUGAAAUCCCUCGAGCAAUUGACGGAAAUGACCGGUCCAUCAAAGGUUAAAGAGACGAUGAGACAAAGGACAUCACUGCAUCAACAGAAAGAAAUGUCUGGUUCAUCCCAGGUUUGUGUUUGUUAA